UGAAAGAUCUCUAACUGCCUGAUCUCUAUUUUACAUUCCAAAAUGAGUUCCACUUCAGGGUCCACAGUUUAUGUUGUGAGUGAGGACCAGCCCUAUGACUCCACCAUCACCUACCAGGGGGGGGUAACUGAAAUAAUCACUGAGUCCUCGCCCGGCACUGUCAUUUCUGAACCGGGGGGGGGAUAUUCUGUGACCUACACUGGUGAAGGUGGCUAUGGCUACAGUUCUGGUACUCAGGGUGAUGAUAGCAGUGAAGGUAGUUAUGGGUAUACUUCUGGUACUUAUGGUGGUGAUAGCACUGAAGGUAGCUAUGGGUACAGUUCUGGUACUCAGGGUGGUGGUACCGUUGAAGGUGGCUAUGGGUACACUGGUAUUGAAGGUGGUAAUAAUGAUAGCCGUCCUCAAACGGAAGGUCAUUGUCAUGGACCCGAUCAUGGUCAUGGUCAUGGAACCAGUCAUGGGCAUGGUCACGGACCCGGUCAUGGGCAUGGUCAUGGACCCGGUCAUGGGCAUGGGCAUGGACCCUGUCAUGGACCUGAGCGUGGACCCAGUCAUGGGCAUGGUCAUGGACCUGGUCAUGGGCAUGGGCAUGGAUCCUGUCAUGGACCCGAGCGUGGGCAUGGGCAUGGUCAUGAACCUAGUCAUGGGCAUGGGCAUGGACCCUGUCAUGGACCCGAGCGUGGACCCAGUCAUGGGCAUGGUCAUGGACCUGGUCAUGGGCAUGGAUCCUGUCAUGGACCCGAGCGUGGGCAUGGGCACGGGCACGGGCACGGUCAUGGGCAUUGUCACUGACCCAAAAAGCAUGGUCACUGUGGUACACGCUGAGGGCACACCGGCAGAAGCAGCGCCAGCAGCAGUCACAGUGACUUCAACUAGAGCAACCUCUAGAGGAUGGAGAGGGCACUGCUCCUCCCAAGGAUAAUUAAUAUUCAGCAACCUAUUUCCUUGUUUCAGAUUUUCCUACAUGGUCAUUCAGCUUUACCUACGCCUCUGAAGUCUUUGUACACCUUAUCAUUUAGAAGCAUUCUCAGGAUGUGAGACUUCACAUAAUCACUGUGCCAUACAUCUUACAUUUUAUAAAUAUGUAAUCUUCUCUGUCUUUACUUGCAUGCAUGUAUUCUAUACAGGAAAAUAUAAUAUAUCCUUUGAAAAAUGGAACUGUGCAGAAGCUGAGAAUGAAUGUUCAGAUCAAUGGAAUCUUUUAUUCAUCACAAAUAUGCAGAUGAAAACUUUCAAUGACUAUUCACUGGAAAAUAAAGCAGGAUAAAGACCACC